UGCAGCGAAUGCCCUGCUGCCUGCAAGCCCGUCAGGCAGGAGUGGAGGAACAAAAGCGGAUUACUCCCCCUUUCUCCCUGUGUGAGCUUUUGUGCUUUUCCCCAGCAGCCUCAGAAGGGCUGAUCUCUCCACCUCUCCUCAAUGCCUCCUGCAGCCCUGUGAGGGAGGCACAGUUGUAGCUUCACUGGCCCUAGCUGUGGUCCAGGAUGCAUCAGAUGAUAAAAGAAGAAUCCAGUUACAGAACAAGCAGCCUUGAAAAUGCAACUCGAGAGCAGAGCAAAGAAAAGCUGCACAUGAAACUCUGCAGUGGGUCCUGCCAUGCUGAGCAAAUCCUCCGGACUCUGAACUCCUACCGGCAGAGCGGCAUCUUCACGGAUGUGGUGCUCUUGAUCGAUGGGCAGGAGUUCCCCUGCCAUCGGGCCACCUUGUCAGCCAACAGCACCUACUUCCGGGCCAUGUUCGGUGGUAGCCUCAAGGAAGGCCACCAAGAUAUCAUCAACAUCCAGAAGAUCUCUGCCUCCACCAUGAGCCUCCUCCUGGACUAUAUGUAUGGGGGAAACAUAGUCAUUCAGGAAGACAAUGUUGAAGACAUCUUAGAGCUAUCUGACUUGCUUCAGAUCUCCAAGCUCACAGAUGCGUGCGUCACCUUCCUUGAAGGCCAGCUUCACCCGUGCAACUGCUUGGGCAUCCUGAAGUUUGCCGACUCAUUCUCCAUCGCCUCCCUGGCUGAGAAGAGCAAGAGGUUUAUGCUAGAAGGCUUCGUGGAGGUGUCAUGUCAUGAGGAGUUCCUGGAGCUGAGCGCGAAGGAGCUCGUCAAAUAUCUGUCAGAUGAGCAGCUGGUAGUCCCCAAGGAGGAAGUGGUCUUCGAAGCGGUGAUGCGGUGGGUACGGCAUGAUGUUGCCACCAGGAAAGGGGCUUUGAAGGAUCUCCUCGAGCACGUGCGCCUCCCUCUGCUGGAUCCCAUGUACUUCCUGGAACAGGUUGAAAUGGACGAGCUCAUCCAGGACUCCAAGGAGUGCAUCCCUUUACUGCACGAAGCACGGAAGUACUAUAUUCUUGGGAAUGAAGUCAGCUCUCUGCGGUCAAGGCCUAGGAGGUUCAUGGAAUUAGCAGAGGUCAUAGUAGUUGUAGGCGGCUGUGAUAAGAAAGGCCUCUUGAAGCUCCCCUUCACUGAUAUGUACCACCCGAAGAGCAGGCAGUGGACAGCACUCUCUAGUGUGCCAGGGUACACCAAAUCGGAGUUUGCAGCCUGCACCCUAAAGAAUGACGUGUAUAUAUCAGGAGGGCACAUCAACAGCAGCGAUGUUUGGGUGCUGAGCUCCCAGCUGAAUGUCUGGAUCAAAGUUGCCUGUCUGCACAAGGGCAGAUGGAGGCACAAAAUGGCGACUCUUCAGGGCAAGAUCUACGCAGUGGGGGGGUUUGACGGCUUUUACCGCCUGGCCAGCGUGGAAUGCUACGAUACAUUCUCCAACAGCUGGUCGGCCGUCACCCCUUUGCUGGAAGCAGUGAGCUCGGCGGCUGUGGUCCCCUGUCUGAACAAGCUCUACGUGAUUGGGGGUGCUGUGGAUGACAGCGCAAACACAGACAAGGUCCAGUGCUAUAAUCCUGAGGAGAACAAAUGGACAUUCCUGUCUCCCACUCCCUUCUAUCAGAGGUGCAUUAAUGCUGUCUCCUUGGACAACAUGAUUUACGUUGUGGGUGGACUCCUGAGUAAAAUCUUCAGCUACGAUCCCAGGAAAGACACCUGGAGAGAAGUGGCCACUCUCCCAGGACCUCUGGAGAGCUGUGGGGUGACGGUGUGUGGUGGGAAGAUCUACAUCCUGGGUGGCCGGGAUGAGAAUGGGGAAGGCACGGACAAAGCUUUCACCUUUGACCCAGCGACGGGGAACGUGGCUCAGCAACCCCCGCUGCAACGCUGCACCAGUUACCACGGCUGCGUUACCGUUCUCCAACGUGUGAGCAGAUGACCCUGUCGCUUCCUUCCCCUCCCCAGGAAGAAUCCCCCUGGAGAAGGCAGUUACCCUCAGUGCCAAAAAAUGACCCUCUGUCCUGUUCAUUAUUGUUAUGUGCCAGUCUGUGUGGAAGAGCAACGUCAGGUGACCAAUGCAGGCAGGAAGGAAGGUGGGGGUCAGGGGAGUCACGACUGCAAAUAUUAAGUAAUUGCUUUCAUUGUUUUGGUGGAGAUGAAUGCUGCUUUGUGCUGGGGGAGCAGGGAUGUGGGCAGUACGUAACAUACGGGGCAGGGAAUACUGCGCUAAGACCGUGCCCUCCAGUAGGUCUCAAGUAAAGCUCGUCAGCAAUUUUCUGACAAAACAUUUUCUUUUCUUUUUUUUGGUCAGAACCAAAACCGUUGGCAAAAUGGCAUCUGAUUCGACAGACUCUGAAAACUUUUGCUUUAAAAAAAGGAAAGUUCCAGUUGUUCAAGACUAAGUGAAUUUUUGCUUGUAAAUUUCAGUCAAUUUACACCCACACCCACAUACACGGAAAAAAGGUCGCAUUCUGCACAAAACCCUUUGAAAUUAUAGAAACAGUUAAAAUGAUUUGAACUGAUUUUAUUUUAUUAUUAUUAUUUUUCAAUUUGUGGAAAUUUUUCAGAUUUUUUGCCUUUUUUUUAAUCCCAAUUUGGGAUGGGGGAAAACAUUUCAAAAUGUCAAAACUUCUCAAGUGUCUGAAAGGUAUCUGAUUCUAUGUAAUGACCUUUAAUCAGCUCAGCCCUACCAGGUAUCUGCUUAAGACAAGAAAGGUUUCACUAUAGAUUCCAGUUCCCCAGUUCAUUACAACCUGAGGCCUUGAUCCUGCAGAGAUGUCUGUACAUGCAUCCCAGUGGGAAGGUUAAGAUUCUGUCAUGGGUAUUUUUAGUAAAAGUCAGGGACAGGUCAUGGACAAUAAACAAAAAUUCACGGAAGCCUGUGACCUAUCCCUGAUUUUUCCUAAAAACACUUGGACGAGAGGGGGGACAAACAGAGUGCUGCUGGGGCUUGCAGCUACUCAGCCUCACUGCGUCUGUGGCAGGGGCUGACCCACAAGGGCUGAUCCAACUCCGGCUGCUGCUCUGGCGGGCCAGGGACCGCUGCUUAGCUGUUCCGGCAGCCCCUGGGGCUGACCACCAGCCCACUGUUCCAGUUGCCCCGGAAUCCAUGACCUCCAUGAUGGAAUUGUAUCCUUACCCCUUGGUCAAGGUGUGUUAUGUCUCCCUCUCUUCCCAAUCUACAGAGGGUAUGAGUGCAUUACAGUCCUGGCUAGCAAGCCUGGCUCUUAGCUCAAGCUGUAGAGAUUUGUGCUUUUAGCUAUGGAGGGCUUUGGUUCCAUUCCUUGAGCCAGCCAAGAGAGCAGCCAUUUAGAAACUCCAAGGUACUUGGUGUCACAUGACCUAAACCCACUUCCAGCAUCCCCCUGAUUGAGUUUGAAGGCCCCUAUGUAAGGAGGCCAUAAAUGGACCACAUAAUUGUUCAGAGGUAGGUUCCCUUUAAUAGUGACAGGCAACUGGAUCACAGUUUUCAGCUGUUUGUAAUAUUGGGCUGGAAAUCUUGUGGGCAUAGGAUCUUUAGUGAGUUUCUCUAGCUUCUCACUCCAGAGCUAGAAGCUUGAAAACCUUCUUUUUUUUUUUAACAUUUCAGAACCUCAGAGACCAUCUAUGUAUUGAAGGCUCAGGGGGUACUUAUUGUUCCUGAACCAUCUCUUCUGUCCCUACCCUUCAAAUCCCCAAAAGCUCAGUGUCUUCAAAAACAAUGUAACUUGGGAUGAGAUAAAAUAUUUGAAGAGUCCUUAACCAUUCCUGCCCCCUCACAAUGAUGAUUAAAAUCCUUCUGCAGACCUUUAUUUGUUUUAAUUUGACAAAGUUGAUGUUUAUUCCUUAGGCGCUGUGUGAGAAAUAUCUGACUUGCUCGAGUGCUAGGUAAAUACUAAGUCAUGUCAGUGCCCUUACAAGAUUUACUGUGAUACAAUAAAAUGGGCCCAUAGGCUUUUUCUAGCUCUGGAAAGGACUCCUUUGCUCUGCUCUGCUCCCCCCACACCCUCAAACUUUCCAUUGGUGCUGAACAUCAAGGAAAAAGGCACAAUCUCAUUAUUCCCAUUAGUCGUCAUCCUACCAAGGAGAGAUUCUGCAUCUUCAUUUCAUCAGCUUGGAACUGAGUGGUCCAAUAGCAGGUAGGUGGAAAUGGGCUUGUUAAUUUUUGGUACUAUUUGCCCUUUCCUUCCCAUUCUUGUAGUGCCCUCGCCUGCACAAUUACUUCUGUGGUCUCCAGUGACUAUGAAGCCUGAAGACAGCUUUUAAAGUGGAGGAAUGUGUUGCUGGGCUGGCAAGGUAGAGGUUAAGUCCCCUGGUUCUGUACAGAACAGGUACAGCAUGGGCAGUGGCAGGGCAAGCUUCCUCUCCAAUGUUGUGGUGGUUUUGUAUUACAGUAGCACCUAGAGUCUUAAGAUCAGGGCCCUAUUGUGCUAAAUGCUGCAUAAUGUAGGAAGAGACAGUUCCUGUCCCAGAGAGCUUCCAAACAUUCUCCCCAUUUUACUGAUGAGAAACUGAGGCACAGAGUAAGUGACUUGCCCAGGAUCACACAGGGAAACUGUGGCAGAGAUGUGGGAAUUGAACCCUCUUCUCCUGUAUCCUAACCUGGCAUCUUAACCAUCAGGCCAGCCUUCCUUUUACAUUGUGGCUGAACCAGGAACUGUGCCUUGGAGGGCAUCUCGUGGGAGUAAGAGUGUAGUUUGUUCUACAUGCUUGUUCAGCGCUGCCUGCUGGCAUCCCCAACGAGGUGUGUGAUGUAAACGCCUAUGAACCAGGCCUGAGAUUGCUAAUCCGCUUCACACAGGUCAUAGCAGGAAGACAAAGCUCAAUGAUCCCAAGACCUUUGAAGGGAGGGGAGGUGGUGGAUGACUUGCUUCCAGAUGACUGCGAAAAAGCAGUUUCUUUGCCCACAAAGUUAGUGCCAGGGUGGGUGUGUUGGCGUUUUGAUUAAAACGAAGGCUGGACAGUGCCAGAAGGUCUAAAACCCUGUCCCUGAUGAGUGUACUUGAAUUCCAUGUCCUUCCAUUUUACUGUAGCCUUAAUUUUCUCUCCCCUACCCAGCUGAGUGACUGAUUAAAUUUAGAGGCACUGCUUGCUUCUGUGCUAGUCUUUGUUCCUUGAGCCUGUUUUGUCACUGCCAAAAAGAGAGGUAUUUUUACAGCAGGUUGACCCAUGCACGCUAUCCUAGUGGAGACAAGGCUCGGUAGUUUUUACCACCAGGUAGCUAGGGUAAAGUCAGCCUCGGAUGGGGGUACAGUGCUGACCUUGCCUAGCCUGAAUGAGCUAGCUCUGAUCGUCCGCUGCUCACAGAGGUCACAUGUUCUGUUAAAGUCCUACAUUUCUUCCCCUCCCUCACCCUGACUGUUUCCCCCAGUCAUCGGUGUGUGGUGGCUCUGAGGAGGUGUUCAGAUACUUCUAGAUACUUCUAGCUUCUUCUAGGACCCUCAUUGCAGAAUUGUUUACCUGGAUUUGCUUUGUCAAAUUUCUCCACUCUUUUCAUUGUGCCCAUUAGCUGACCUCGUAACCUUUCCUCCUGAGAAAAACGAGGCCUCGGUAGCCUUUCUUCACUAAGGUUUUUUUAAUAAUCAAGGUGUAAGCGGGGGAAUAGUCCUGCUAUUGAGGGAACUUCCCUGGCUUCUGCACUACCCCGGUGAAGUGGGCUAGCGAAAGGAUCUGAGUCCUCGCUCCCACUUCCUUUACCCAGUGGCCUCCCUGCCUUCGAGGACUCCCCUUCCACUCUCCUGUCUGGCAGAGUCCUCGUAACCCCAACAAGGCUGGGCCCAGGAUUCCUGGGGGGCUUGACCCCCAACCCUGCUGCGGUCACCUAGGACAGGGGCUAGGGUGUCCCCACUCCGGGGUACUCUCUCUGCACUGGGCACUUCUCUGACCCACUGACUAUUACAUACAAGUUAAAGCAAAUUCAAGUUAUUUAAUCAACAAUUACUUUUAAAAAGAAUAAGGAAAAAUGGGAAAGGUUAAAGGAAACACAUCACCCCGCUCUGUGGCAGGGAACAUCACGAACAGUGUCUCUGGAGCAUCAGGGCUGUUCACAGUCUGUUCCUUGUAAGUCCCAGGCCUCCUGCUCAGGCCCUGGCUGUGCUGCAGGGAUGCUGUGGGUUGGACACUCGCUCUGGUGGUGGUCUCAGGCUCUAAGUGGUAGGACCCUUCUUCCCAGUGUUGCCCCCGCCCUGUCGGGGUUAUGAUCCACGCCUGGCCUGCAGAGCCUCUUGGCUGAGGUGUCUCCCUGUGCUGGGGCCGCUGCCCAGGGUCCCCCUCGGUCUCCCCAGCUGCUCACCGCACCCAGCUCCAGACUGCUCCAGCCCCAGCUCCACCACUCGGUCUCUGCACUGCUGCUGCUCUGCCUCCAGCUCCCUGGGCUGCUGCUCUGGCCCCUCUGGCUCUGGUUGCUGCAGCUCUGCUCCCAGGACAGGUCUGCUCUGCAGGCUGCUUCUGUGACUCUGCUCCCAGCACUGACCUGCUUCCUGGGCUGCUUUCCUGGCCCCUCUGGCUCUGGUUGCUGCAGCUCUGCUCCCAGGAUGGGGUCUGCUCUCUCUGGAUCUGGCACAGCUCUGCUCCCCAGCUCAGCUUGGGCCCCUGCUUUCUCCUCAGCUUGGCCCCCACUCUGUCUGACCCAGGCAAAUCCAGCUCACACAGAGGAUGUGACUUCCCUGGCCUCCUGACUCCCUGAUUAGCCUGCCCGCCCUGUCAUUCAGGCUGACCUGGAGCAUUGGCCUCUCCCCAUUGUUCCUGUGGACUAUCAGUCUCAGGGUCCUGAUUCCCCAUCGACCCUUCCCCCUUUUUAGUACUGGGAGCUAGCAACUAAAACACCCCCGCUGAAUGUUAGUAAGGGGGGCACAGUCCCCUUACAAAGAUUAGCUGUAAACCACGGCAGCCACGCCUCUCUGGUGAGGGAAGCUAAGCCAGCUGAAAAGUCUUCAAAUCAGUCUUAUUAGAAAUGGGAAAGACUGAUUCGGUGUAAAUUGUUUCGGUUCUUGCCUGACCUGAGUGCAAGGGAAGCAUGUUCUCUCUUGCUUCUGUACAAUCAGUGACUCUUGAGGGAAAGAAUAGAGGCCCUAUCAUUGGAGUCUCAUCCACAGUCUC